AGAAGUGUGGAGCGUGCGGUCCGGGCUUCGCCUCGCCGCUGGAUGCAAUGAAAGGUCCCCGGGAGGAGAUCGUGUACGUGCCCUGCAUCUACAGGAACACUGGGAGGAAGAAACCUGAUUUUCUGGCCACGGUGGAUGUCAACCCCAAAUCUCCCCGCUAUUGCCAGGUGAUCCACCGCCUGGCCAUGCCCAACGUGGGGGACGAGCUGCACCACUCGGGGUGGAACGCCUGCAGCAGCUGCUUCGGCGACGCCGCCAAGAAGCGUGACCGCCUGAUCCUCCCCAGCCUCAUCUCCUCCCGCAUCUAUGUGGUGGACGUGGGAACCGACCCGCGAGCUCCCAGGCUUUUCAAGGUUAUCAACGCGGAGGACGUCUUCUGGAAGUGCAACCUGGGCUACCCGCACACCUCCCACUGCCUGGGCAGCGGUGAAAUCAUGAUCAGCACCCUGGGAGACCCGGCCGGCAGCGGGAAAGGCGGCUUCAUCCUGCUGGACGGAGAGACCUUCGAGAUCAAGGGCAACUGGGAGAAAGGGGACAAGAUCCCCCCGAUGGGUUACGACUUCUGGUACCAGCCACGCCACAAUGUCCUGAUCAGCACGGAAUGGGGGAUCCCCAAAUGCCUGGGAUAUGGCUUUGACCCCACGGAUCUGAAGAAAGCUUUCCCCCCCGUCCCCGACGCCCCCGGGGGCUUCGUGGCCUGCACCAUCAGCAGCGCCAUCCACCGCUUCUACAAGACCGAG